GCUCUCUCUCUCUCUCUCUCUCUGUAACAGCAAACUAACUUCCCCAGUCACCGCCGCUGCUCGCUCGCGCGCACAUGGCCGCCGCCGCCGCCGCCGCCUUCUCCGGCGCCUCCCCUCCCGCGGCGAUCGGCGGCAUUCCGCCGGAGGCGUCGUCGGUCCGCCGCUCCGCCGCUCCUCUCCCGCACUGACGACCCCUGCCCCCCCCGCCCGCGCGCGCGAUCUCGACAUGCUUGCCCCCGACUGCUGCUCCUCCUCCUCCUCCUCGUCCGCCUCCGUCUCCGCCGCCGCCGCCGCCCUCGCCCCCCGCCGCCGCCGCAACGUCCUCUUCUGCCUCCUCCUCUCCUUCGCCUCGCUCUACUGCUUGAUCCUGUACGGCGUCAGCGUCGAGAGCUCCCUCGAAGCUACCGGCGGCUCCUCUCAGUAUUCCGAGAAAUACAGGCUCGACAAAGUUUUGAAGGAUGCUGCAAUGAAAGACAGAACUGUUAUCUUGACAACUCUAAAUGAAGCAUGGGCUGCUCCCAACUCCACCCUCGAUCUCUUCCUCGAAAGCUUUAGAAUAGGAGACGGAACUCACGGGCUCUUAAAACAUCUGGUGAUUAUAGCCUUGGACAAGCAGGCCUUUCUACGGUGUGUUGCUGUGCAUACUUACUGUGUUGCUCUAACAACUGAGGGAGUUGAUUUUUCGGCAGAAGCAUACUUCAUGACCCCUGAUUAUUUGAAGAUGAUGUGGAGAAGGAUUGAUUUCUUGCGUUCUGUUCUUGAGAUGGGGUACAAUUUCAUCUUCACGGAUGCUGAUAUAUUGUGGUUUAGGAACCCAUUUUCGAGAUUCUUUGAGGAUGCAGAUUUCCAGAUUGCAUGCGAUCAUUUCCUAGGCGACCCUUACGAUAUUCAGAACAGACCCAAUGGAGGAUUUAACUUUGUGAAGUCCAAUAACCGGACAAUUCAGUUCUACAAGUUCUGGUACUCAUCACAGGCAAUGUACCCAGGGUACCACGACCAAGAUGUCCUUAACUUCAUCAAAUUCGAUCCUUUCAUCACAGAUAUCGGAUUGAAAAUGAGAUUCCUGGAUACUAUGUACUUUGGUGGGCUUUGUGAACCCAGCAAGGAUCUAAAUCAAGUGUGCACAAUGCAUGCAAAUUGUUGUUUUGGACUGGACUCCAAGCUUAAUGAUCUUAGAAUGAUGCUUCAGGAUUGGAAAGAUUUUAUGUCCCUAACACCAAUGUUAAAGAGGUCACUCAAUUUGUCCUGGAGUGUUCCGGACAAAUGCAGUCUCGAAGCACUCAUUCAGUAUGGUUCGCCAGCAAACAAUGUUCGACGGUAUGGUUCGCCGGCGAACCAUGUCCGAUGACGAAUGCUACUCUAGAAUGGAGUUGUAAAUACGCUCAAUCUUUUUGAAGCGAAGGUAUGCAUGUUCCCAUGUAGAGACGGUAGAAAUUCCUUGUGCACAUUUGCACCUUUAUACAUAGUCCGACAGUUGAUUCACUGACAUAGUUUCUGGGAUAGAUUACUUUUAGUUGAAUGUACUUUAGUAGAGGCAUACAGAUACGAUUCAUCUCUCGAGGCUCGUGUUUCUGUUUUUUUCCUUUUCAAUGUGAUAAAAAAGAAGGAAAGUACAUGACUAUCUCGAACUCACAUUUGAAGGUCA